AUGCUUGCGGCGUCAGGACUGCUUAAGCCGAUACUUCCGGUCGCGAUACUUCUGGCAUGCUUUUGGUGGGGUUUCCAGUUAUUUCAAUGGAAUCCUGUGACGGCACCUCCAUCUAGCACACGACAUCCCGCGAAUGAUCAUACCGCUGCAACACGCCCAGAUCGGCCACUGAUCCUGUACGCCUAUGCAGAAUCCGCUACGGCGCGUGAGAACCUUGAUUUCUUCCUCCGCAAAGGUCUUCACGAUGCGGCCGACUUUGUAUUCAUCUUCAAUGGCGAGACGAAUGCCUCCCAACUCGUGCCCGAUGCAUCCAACAUUGAGAUCGUCGAGCGCUCCAACACGUGCUUUGACCUCGGUGCCUAUGGGGAGGUUCUACGGAAAGACGACCUUUGGACAAAAUACAAGCGCUUCAUUCUGCUGAAUGCUAGCAUACGGGGGCCAUUUCUGCCGACGUGGAGCUCGAGCUGCUGGUCGGAUCUGUUCCUCGAUAGGCUGACUGCGAAGAAGAAGCUCAUUGGCAUGACGUUGAACUGCCAACCGAGAAUGCAUAUUCAGUCCAUGAUCAUGGCCACCGACACGAUUGGCAUGUACAGCUUGCUCGACCCAGUCCUCGCGGCCUCAGCUUCUGUUGCCGAUCAAUUCGGCACUGCAGAUGAUCCUAUAGGGCUGAGCGGCUGCUAUCGCGACUGGAACGCCGCUGUGCAUGCAGAGGUAGGCACCACAAGCCUCAUCACCUCCGCAGGGUAUGAAGUUGAUGCCCUCAUGACGGCGUUGCAUUCGGAAAGGAGCGCAGAGGAAUACUGCAAGGCCCAUCCUGAUUCGGGCGACUUAUUAUGGGACAAGAAGUACUUCGGGGGUAACAUACAUCCCUACGAGACAGUCUUUGCCAAGACAAACAGGAACGUUGACAAGGAGUUUAUGGCAGCCUUGACGGAGUUUCACCUGCGGUCGGAGAUCACGAGCUACACAGCAUGUAGUUCAUGA